CGUUGUGACUUGUGAACCCAUUGCGGCCUUGCACCCUGGGGAUUUGAGAUCUAAAUAUCUCAUUCAAGCCGAACCCCUAAACCCUUCCCUCUCUCCAUCUCUUUCACGGUACACAGACGCCCGGCGAAGCUCUGUAAAUUUGGGGCUUAGGGAAUCGGAAGCUAUCUGGGAUAUAUUAAAACCCUAAAGUACAAUAUUUUAUAGCUGAAAUGGCCCGCUUCCCAAAUAAAAAGAGGAAGGUGUUCAUUAAGCCGGUUGUAAAGAAACCCAGCGUUGAUCAUGUCACGGGAGAUAAAAUCCCCAAGAGCUUUGUGUUUUCAAGAGGAAAGCUGCCGAGUUCUCUGAAAAAGCUGCAAAUGGACUUAAGAAAGUUGAUGCUCCCCAAUACUGCACUUAAGCUAAAGGAAAAGAAACGGAAUAAUCUUAAGGAUUUUUUGAACGUUGCUGGGCCAAUGGGUGUUACUCAUUUCCUUAUGUUAUCAAAAACAGAUACAGCAGCCUAUCUGAGGGUUGCAAGGACCCCCCAAGGCCCUACCCUUACAUUCAAAAUACAUGAGUAUUCAUUGGCAGCUGAUGUUGCUCAAUCUCAGUUGCGUCCUAGAUGCCCUCCAGAACUUUUCAAGAACUCUCCUCUGAUUGUCCUUUCUGGUUUUGGGACUGGAGAUCAACAUCUAAAGCUCACAACUAUUAUGUUUCAAAACAUAUUUCCAGCCAUUGAUAUCAAUACUGUUAAACUUGGUUCAUGCCAAAGAAUUGUGUUACUUAACUAUAAUAAAGAGACGAAGCUUAUUGAUUUUCGGCAUUAUUCCAUCAGAUUACAGCCUGUCGGUGUCUCUCGUAGACUUAGAAAAUUUGUACUGAACCAUCAGGCACCAGAUUUGAAGAGCCUACAGGAUGUCAGCGACUUUGUGACUAGGGCAGGUUAUGGGUCAGAAAGUGAAGGAGAUGAAGAAGCAGCAACAGUGAGUCUACCAAAUGAUCUUGGUAGAGUUAAUAGAGCUUCAACAAAAAGUGCUGUCAAGCUUCAAGAGAUUGGACCUAGGAUGACUCUUCAAAUUAUGAAAGUUGAGGAAGGAUUGUGUACUGGUGGAGUCAUCUUCAGUGAAUACGGAAGUGGAGGGGUUGCAAAAAAGGAGGAAAAUCAAGAAGUCCAUGAAGAUUAGCCUGGUAAAGUAGUCAUAGCCCGGUUCUAGGGGCCAAAAAAACAAGAUUUUUGUUUGGCCUGACACUGCCCUUUUUAUAGGGGUUUGGGGAGUUUUGGGGACACUAAUGUUGAUAUUGUCCAUGGAAAUGGCAUACAAAAAAGUUUGGAUGGGUUUUGGCUGAUCUCUCUCGAUACGAAUUUUGUUCUUCUGUAAGGUUAUAGAGUUUUGCUUUUAUUAAUUUCUUCAAAUCAAAUGAACAAUCCCUGAGCAGGGCUAUUAUUUCCUGUUAA